CAAGCAAAGACCCAGGCUUUUGUUCAUCCCCAAAUUUCUCCAUCCUCGCUUUCUAUUUCUCCAUCGGCUUCCGUUUCUCCUUCCAACCAAACAGAAACUCCCCCGAUUUAUUUAUUUAUUUAAAAAAUGGAAAAUACAAGUGAAUGGAAGGAUGGUUGGGAUCUAGGGUUCUCCUUUCUUCUUCACUCCUCUUAACCCAAGCAAGCCUCCUCUCAAUAAAAUCACCCUAAUUCUAUUUCUUUUCUUUUUUCACUCUUUUUUUUUAUAUUAAAUAAACAACAAUAAACUAAUUUCCCCUUUUCUCGCUUUCUUCAAAAUGGAAAUCUCCUACACUUAAUCCCACCGUAACUACCCUAAAACCCUCGUUCCGAUCUCACCCUUUCCCCACCAUGUCCCUCGAUUCUUCCCCUUCCCUUCCGAUCCCUUCCGACCCACCUCAAAACGAUACCCUUCCUCCCCAAAACGACACUCCUUCUACCCAAACCCCCGACGCAACCCCGAUCCCACCCUUGACCAGGAGCAAUCGUCCCUCCCGCGCUUGUACAAUCCGAGCUUCCCAGAGGCUCUACGCCCAGCAACAGCAAGCCGCCACCGAGCGGCGGCAGAAACAGGCCAAGAAGGACCAGCAGCACAACCACCACCAGCCCAAGCAACCCAAGGACGACAGUGAUGGUUCUUCGUCGCCGCAGCUGCAAUGUGGCGGUAAUAGCAAGAUCGUUACACCGUUAGUGGCGCCGCCCGAGCCAUCGCAGUUGCCUAGGUGGACCAUUCGGUCUAUGUGGGAGUUAGCUUCCGUAUUUAAUUUCUUGCAUGUUUUCAGGCCGCUUUUGAAUAUAGCUGUGGAGUUCUCAGCGGAGGAGUUUGAGACAGCGUUGAUUACUCCUAAUGAUACUUUGGCAGAUAUUCAUAUUCCUUUGUUGAAGGCAAUCCCUCCAAUUACUCGGAUGCCCCUUACACGUGAUACCUGGGUUACUGUUCUUUGCAGAAAAUUAAGAGACUGGUGGCAUUGGGUUGCUGAUGGGGAUCUUCCCAUUGUUGCUUCACAUGGGACGGAGAUUGAAUUAUACAAGUCGCUUGAUCCUGGAGUUCGUGUUGUGAUCCUGAAAGCACUGUGUGACAUUCGUGUUGAGCAAGAUGACAUUCGAAGCUACAUUGACAACUCACUUAAACAUGGUGUUCAACUUUCAGCCUUUCGUAAAGAACGUAUCGGAGGCGAUUCUCAGGGAAUUAAUUACUGGUAUGAAGAUGAUGCUGUUGUUGGUCAUCGCUUAUACCGUGAAAUAAGGAAAGUUGAGUUGAAGAAAGCAAAGAUGAAAGGUUCCCAUGUUCCUAACAGUGCAACAUAUCUGUGGGAAACAGUUGCAACAAAUUUCGAAGAAUUUCAAGAUGUUUCUGAGAAACUUUUUGCUAGUAAAAAUAGAACAGAAGCUUCACUAGGGAAGAAGUUAAAGAACGACAUGCUUCCUGAGAUUGAAAAGGAACACAAGAGGAAGGAGAGGUUACUGAAAAAACAACAUAGGCAAGCUCUUCUUCUUGAUAACUUCUUGGCUGUUGAUGGGCUUGGUCCAGGACGCUCCCUUCGUGACAGAAAACCUGUGACUUACACAUUUGAUGAUUAUGAUCGGUCAAUAAAUGAGGCUAUUAAGAUUACCAAGCGGAAAGCACCAUCACCAGAUCCUCUCAAUGGAAGAGAUGUUGCCAAAUCUGAACCUUCUGUGAACGGAAAAUUGAGCGGUCCUUCACAUGGCUCUGAACAGGACAGUUACAAUCUACCGUCCCCCAAAUCUCCUGAAUAUGAUGAUUUUGAUGACAAUAAAUCUGGGGAAUUGGAUCGUAGCAAUCGACGGAGGCAGAGACCUCAACGAUAUUCAGCGAAGGAAUUCGUUGAAGCUGUUUCGGAUAAUGAGGCUGACUUUGACAGUGAUGAUGAUAUAGUUGGAGAAGCAGUAUAUGAUGAGGAAUACCUAAGAAAAAGAAAACAGAGAAGGCAAUCCAGCAGCUCAGAAGGAGACGAGGAGUACCGUUGGGAAGAAGAAAAUGCUGAAGAUGAGGAGGAGGAAGAAGAGGAUUCAUUAAGUAUCAGUGAGGACAGUGAUGAGGCCCCAAAAGUCAAGAAGUUGCCAGGCCGUACUCGGAGGGAAACUAAGCUAAGGUCAGUGGAUGAGCUUCAAUCAGGUCUAAGGCGUAGUAAAAGAGCCACCAGAAAUCGUAUUAAUUAUAGACAGUAUGAGCUGUCGGAAUCUGAAACAGAGUCAAAACCUGAAAAGUCGAAUCCAUCAGAUGAACACUCGGAUGCAAGUGAGAAAGAGGAGUUUUCAGAAGGAAGUCAAGAUUCCAAUGGCAGUGAUGAUGAGCAGGAAAUGAAAGUUAAUCCACCUAUGGAAGGUAACUCUGAUCCAGUAGAGAAAGAGCAAAGCCAGGCACCUGAGCAAUCUAGUGGCAGUGGGCAAGAUGAAGCAGAUGGUGCACAAAAACGACGCUUCCUUGACCUAAAUGAGCUUGCUCCAGGUUCUGGUUGCGACGAUGGUCCAAAUACAAUAAUGAAAGAUGAGGAUAGAAAUGAUUUCUAGAGGUGGUGUGGUGGGGAGCAAAUGUUGUAAUUUUCUCCUGGGGGAAGCGAAUUGUAUGAUAGUAAAAUUUAUAAAUUUUGCGAAAAGCCUAUCGAGGAAAUUAUGUUGGGGCGUUCCUCUGAGGCUUCUUCACUCCACCUGGAUGCAUAUCCCUUGAGGGCUUGCAGCAGGGAAGCAACACGCUGAGAGUGAGUGAGUGAAUGAGAAAGAGAUGUGUAGAUUAGGUAGUCAUAUUUUAGCAUUUGUCUACAUUGAAGAAGAAAAAACCUACGGCAGUGUGGGCGACGGGGGUUCAGGAGAUUUUAGCUUUAUCCACUUGAUGUACAAUAACCCUUGACAAAUAUUUGUAACUGAGAGAAAAAAAAUGGUUUUAGAUGGGAUGGUCUAGCCCUGUAGUGUGAUUGGUUUUAGUAUCCUUUACUAUUAUUAUUAUUAUUAUCAUCAUCCUAAUGGAACCAUCUUUCGUCUUUUCUUC